UUACUUUAAUGGGCAAGAAAUGUGAUACACAUAAAACUCUCUACGUCUAGCUUGGAGGUGCGGUGUAAAGUGAUCAGACCUGUUCUGGCCACUGGACAAGGAGAACAUGAUGAAACAUGUUAGAAAGAGAAAGCAGCUAAGACUAGGAGGUUUUAAAAAGACUCAAAUGUACUGCUCUUCUGAAACGGUUAUUUUAUACUGAUCAUCCCCCAUAAUGAUGUGCAGGAGGUACAUGCACCUUAUUUUUUACUUGAUUUUUCUUGGUGCUGCACUGAUCAUCUACUUCAUACAAAGUGGCAUGUUGAAAGUCAAGAAAAGCACACUUGCACACCGCUUAAGUCCUGAACAAUCUAAAAUCUCAAGUUUGACAGAACUCCCCAGGCCAAAUGUUUCUUGUCAAGGCGCUGAACUCAGGAAAUUUGUGCCAUAUGAAAUGGAUAACAUACUAGAACGCAGAGCAAAAGAAUACAAGCAACAUCAACUCAGGAGGAAGACAAAUGCAGAUAUUAUAAUUGCCUCAGCCAACUCUCCUCUCCAAUAUCCAAUUACAGGUUUCAGGGUAGCUCCUCUGAAGAAACGUUUGAUACCAGGUCUUGCUCUUCAAACACAAGGGAGAAGUUUAACAGCAAACAAGAGGGAGGUGUACAAGGUGUCUUUGAGUGUGAAGAGUGGAGUGCUCUCAGUGGAGGAUCUUCUGGAUGGAGAUCAGGUGGAGGGACAGGGUCAGAGUGAACUGACCAUCUCAUCCAGCAGCCUCACACAACUCAACGAUCUGCUGUCCAGAGUGACCUACACCAGCACCAUCUACCACAUCAGAACAUCAGACCUGGUUUCUUUCACUUUUGAGGAUCACAAGGCCAUGUUUCCAAUCAUGAUCAGGAGACCAUCAGUUCCUGUUUUGUAUGACCCAGGAAAAGAUAUCAACUCACAGGUGACCAUAAUAACCAAGACCUUUUUGAGGUAUAAGGAGCUGAAUGUCCUCAUCCAGAGUAUCAGGAAAUUUUACCCAAAUAUCAAGAUCAUUGUUGCGGAUGACAGCCUGAAUCCUGAACCUGUGUCUGGAAACAACAUUGAGCACUACAUCAUGCCUCCUGCACAGGGCUGGUUUGCGGGGAGAAAUCUGGCUGUAUCUCAACUCACAACUAAAUACUUCCUGUGGGUUGAUGACGACUUUGUGUUCUUGAAUGAGACCCGGAUCGAGAGUUUUGUGGAGAUUAUGGAAGCGCUUCCAGAACUAGAUGUUCUUGGUGGUGAGGUUUCGGGAGACCAGUUCUACUUUGUUCUGGAGUAUGACGAGGGAGAUGAGAGUGACGGCGGCUGCCUAAGACGCAUUAGAGGAUUUCAUCAACCACUUCCAGGUUAUGAUGGCUGCUUUCUAGUGGAUGGCGUUGUUAAUUAUUUCUUGGCUAGGACUGAUGCUGUACGAAGUGUUGGCUUUGAUCCGUUCCUCAAAAGAGUCGCUCACACCGAGUUCUUCAUUGAUGGAGUUGGCAAGCUGAUGGUUGCUUCUUGUAAAGGCCUUUCUGUUGGUCACCAGAAACAUCAGGCACAGGAGACAUAUGACUCUUACAGGAAUCAAGGAAAACUUGAAGAAGAGCGAAAACUGGCUCACCAUUUCUUUAAGAACUAUCUUAACUACAUCAAGUAUGAUUAGUAAUAAUUAGUGAUUAUUUUUGAAAACAGUCAAAUCUGAUUAUCAAUUAAUUACAAAACAUCUGCCAGUCACGUCACCUAAUGGAUAAUGCAAACAGUGGAGGACAGAGAGUGAGCUGCAUGACCUAAGUUGACAUAAGAAUGCUUUCUAGCAAGCGCUUCUAACAAAUGCAUAAGCAUAACCUGCACUGUUAGUUGCUUUGACAGAUGUGUGUGCAGCAUUUGAGACCUAAAUGUUAGAAAGCAUUUCCAAUUUUUAUAAUGGCCCAUCCUGACAGAAAGUGAGUGGCUUCUAAACACAGACUGCACUGAAUCUGCGCUGAUGCACAUAUGUGUGUAAAAUAAAUGAAAUGCAAUAGGAUAGGACUGCAAUAAUUUUGACUAAAAUAUACAUUGUGGUAAAAUAUUUGUUGUUGGACAGUACAGAUUUUUUCAAGUGUUUACCAAUACUUAACAUACUUUUUCUAAACUCUUAGCACAGCAACACACCUUCAUCACACAAUUAGCCAAAUUUGUAUUUUUCUGGC